CCCCGUGACCACCCACCCCCUCGGCUGCCCUUUUCCAUAGACUGCACCUUCGACAAGGAGUCAGAGCUGACCCCCCUGGAGUCAGCCCUCAGCAUCCUGCACCUCUUCCAGAAGGAGUUCUCUGUGCCUGAGAAGAUGAUGGAGACUAUCCACAGGAUGAUGAAGGAAGCUGCUGUUAUUGUCUGCGUGAAAAACAGAGAGUUUGAAAAAGCUUACAAAAUUGUCAAGAGGUCCAUGGGAAGGGAGCACAAGAGCCAGAAAAAGAGUGAGUGGCUCAAUAUCAUCCGGGACAAGAACCUCUCCCACCCAAAGGUCAAGAACUUCUCCUACACAGACUUCCAGCGAAGCAUCUUUGAGCUUCUGAAGGUUUAUGUGGACGACUCUGAGCCUCUGCUGCUGACAAUAAUGAAAAAUACUUUGAAUUCACAACAUGAGGAAGAUCCAAAAGCUUCAGUGACUCCUGAGCAGCCCUCUGGAGCUGUAACCUCCUGUGGCAUCUCUGUGCUGAGAGAAGCUUUCAAGAUCCUGUCGGACUACCAGGACUCUGACGCUCUCUUCACCCAACUGGACCAAACAGACUUCCCUUUCCCCAAGCAACUGUCUCCUUCUGUAUCCCACAGAACGAAGAGACUGAAAGAGGCGUCUCGAAAGGAGGAGGAAUGCCAAGGCUCUGAGAUCUCAGACCCUCUUGACGUACCCCCUAAGGGCAAACGCUUGCUGACCAUAAGCAAACUGGUCAUGGAGCCAGACCAGUACAGAGAGUCCAGUGAGAGCCCUGACUCUUCCCAGGAGCAUGUGGUCACUUCUGCCUCCAGACCUGCUCAGAAAUUGCAUGACCAGCCUGUAUCUACCCAGAUGGCCAAGUAUGGAGCUCAUCUCUUGUGGUCCUUGCAAAGAAGAUGGAACAGCUCCUAUGGCAUGGAAGAAAAGGACAGUUGGAGUGAGGAGGAUGAACUCUUCUCAGAUACAGCAUCACUCAUGACAGACACCCCAGUCUCUGGCUCCAAGAAACAGAAAUGGACGAUCCAGGAGAGCGAGUGGAUCAAGGAGGGUGUGAAGAAGUUUGGAGAGGGGAGGUGGAAGACCAUUUGCCAGAAGUACCCAUUCAGGAACCGCACGCCAGUGAUGAUCAAGGACCGCUGGAGGACCAUGAAGAAGUUGGGCGUCCUCUGA